CAGGUGGCAGUAGUGGGGCACUCUUCGCAGCGGUCUGUGCCGUUGAACAGUGGCAAAGAAAUUCACAGUAAACAUAGACGUACAGUCGCUAUAUCAAGAGUAAACUGGGCUCGCAGAACCUCUACGGAAAGGCACAGCUUUCCUCCCGUAGUGAUGCGUUUGUCUCAUCUGAGUUAGUAGUGGAGGUCCUCAUGUAAGCCUCCCCCUCCCUUUCCUGCAAAGACCUCCACCGACCUGACACCACCUCCUUCCUCCUCCUCCUCUGCCUCCUCUUCCUCCCUCCAGCUGCCCCUGUGAUGCCUCCCUCGUGCUUUGGCUGUCUGUCACAGUACACCCAUCAUCAUCUGGUGGUUUUCCUCCUCACCUUCUUUAGCUAUGUGUUGCUGCACGCAUCCAGAAAGACCUUCAGCAAUGUGAAGGUCAGCAUCUCGGCCCAGUGGACGCCGUCCGUCCAGAACGACAGCGCUCCUGCGUUCUCUCCGAACGAGACAUGGGAGGACAAUCACCUGUUUGCUGAUGAAAAGCAGGCCACGCUUUUUUUGGGAGCUCUGGACUCGAUCUUCCUCUUCUCAUACGCGGUGGGUCUGUAUCUGAGCGGCAUCAUCGGGGACAGAGUCAACCUGCGCUAUGUGCUCUGCUUCGGCCUCUGCGGAUCCGCCAUAGUGGAAUUCCUCUUCGGCACCCUGACCGAAUGGCUCCACGUCUACAACGUCUACCUGUACUGUAGCCUGUGGGUGCUGAACGGCCUGCUGCAGUCGGCCGUCUGGCCCUGCGUGGUGGCCGUCAUGGGCAACUGGUUCGGCAAAACGGGGCGCGGCUUUGUGUUUGGACUGUGGAGUGCCUGCGCCUCGGUGGGGAACAUACUGGGUGCCUUUCUGGCCUCAAGUGUGCUCAAGUACGGAUAUGAGUACGCCUUCCUGGUGACUUCUGUGGUGCAGUUUGCUGGCGGGGUGGUGGUGUUCUUUGGCCUCCUAACCUCGCCAAAAGAAGUCGGUUUGCACUUGGAGGUAGAAACCGGACUGAGCCCGGUGGAGACGGACACGGACAGCCACAGGCCGCUGAUGAGUGACGAGGAGGAGGAUGAACAGGAGGUGGAGACGUACAGCCAACGAUGCCGCGCGGAUCAGCCACCGGAGGAGCCUGUGGACGAGCCUCCUCACGCCAUUGGCUUUUUCCAGGCGUUCUGCCUUCCUGGAGUCCUGCUAUACUCCUUGGCGUACGCGUGCCUGAAGCUGGUCAACUACUCCUUCUUCUUCUGGCUGCCGUUCUACCUGAGCAACAACUACGGGUGGAAGGAGGCCAAGGCCGACCAGCUGUCCGUAUGGUACGAUGUCGGCGGAAUCGUGGGGGGAACCCUUCAAGGUCUGAUCUCUGACUUUAUGGGGAAGAGAGCGCCUGUGUUGGUUUUCAGCCUCGUAAUGGCAAUGGGCUCCCUGGUGGGAUACAGCCGCUCUCCUAACGACAAAGUGAUCAACGCAGUGAUCCUGGCGAUCACUGGCUUCUUCAUCGGCGGCCCGUCCAACAUGAUCAGCUCGGCCAUUUCUGCAGAUCUGGGGAGACAGGACAUCCUGAGGGGCAGCCAGGAGGCCCUGGCAACCGUCACUGGGAUAGUGGAUGGAACCGGGAGUAUAGGAGCUGCUGUAGGACAGUACCUGGUGUCGCUAAUUGAGAGCAGACUGGGCUGGAUGAGUGUUUUCUACUUCUUCAUCGUCAUGACAGGGGGCAGCAUUGUCUUCAUCGCGCCGUUGCUUGUUAGAGAACUGCGAGACAUGUGGAGAGACAGGCAAGCUCUGCGCCACCAGCUCUGAGAGCCCGACCGUCGGCUCCGGUUCUGCUCAUUAGGUCGGUACCAGGAUCCAGAAGGUUUGCUGUCAGCCAGAACAGAAACAUGAAAACGUACUGUAAGACUUCACUGAGCUCAAUACAGGGAGGGUUUAGCUGAAGUGCCUGAGGCGUAUGAAGGGAUUUGGCCUGAGCCAUACUGGUGUACAUAUUUUAACGCUGUAAAUUAAUGUAAAUACUUCUUUUUCCUUAUGCACUUCAGUUGAUGUGAGUCUUAAAUCAGGAACGUAAACGUGAGGCCUGAGGUUAAAAUGAAGAAUGUGAAUAGUGAUUGUAGUUUUGUAAUCUUGCACUCAGAUUUGAGUUUCCUUAAUCGGUGUGAAAAUACUUCAGUGAACCACUUUAAUCUUCGUCUUUGUUUACAAUCAGGGGGGGACUGGUCCUAUCGUUCGCUUACGCCACCGACUCGUUUUGUUUUCGCUUUCUUUUCUCAGAAAUGUUUACAAUUUUAGUUUCUGUUUCUUAAUUUGUGACUAACUCACACUCUCUAAAUGUGGCGUGGCAUGCUCUGUAGGUUUAAACUCACAGCGGCCUCCACAUUUAUCUGAGCCCUCAUAAAAAACCCUAAAAUAAAUGUAUGUUUGCACCAUAAAAAGAUGCUUUAGCUCUCUCUCAGUGAGGGUUGGGUAUAUUCCCCUACAUCUUUUAUUGGCUUUUUACAAACCCAAUAAAAGUAUUUAAAGCAACAAGCUGUUCUUUAAAGAAUCACCCAGAUUAAAACAAUUUAAUUUUAUAGUUUUUUUUUAUUUUUUUUAUUGGAGUUAAUUUGAGUGGAAAAAACUUGAAAAGAAGUAAAACAAUACUUUUUUCAGAAUCAGAAGCUAAUUUUAGCAUUUGGCUACAUGGCCUUUGGAGCAUCCAGCUAACAAAACUCCACUACGUAGAUGUUUGGUGCCUAAAUAUUUAUAAACCGUUUUUUAUAUUUCAAUAAAGAUUUCCGUAUAAAUUUGGGCCCUCAUCCUAAUUUAUCAUAGUUCUGGUUGUUUUCAAUAUUUUAAAUUAUUGGCAGUAUGGACAUGUGAAGAUGAUCAGGGCUUUUGCUAUUUUAUGACAGAUCUUCAUCAGUCUUUAUAAGACUGAUGAAGAACCUCUGUGUCAUCUCCUAAUCAAAAAAAAAAAAUGGACAAAUUAGAAACUUCUCAAAUUUAAGUAUUCUUUUUUUUUUUUUUUUUUGAAAAAAUAUGUGGUUAAAUUGUAUAUAUUUCUUAUGUAUUUCGGUCCAAAGAGCAAAGAAAUUUUGUCAAGACCCACUAAACCUUUUUAACUCUUGGUGAGAAAAAAAAAAUCUGUUUGUCCACCAAAUAAAACUUGGUUUUAUGAAAACAAAUUAAUUAUUUUUUUUACAUUUAAGAGUAAAAAUUGUUAACAUUUUUGCAAGGAUAAAAGUCUUUGCCUCAUAAAAUGAGGCCAUUUGAGUCCUGUCCAAAUAUAUAAACUGUAGAAAAGCAGUCGGCUGCUUAAAAAUACAGGACAAGCUUGAAAUUGAAUUUCUACAACAGAAGGAAACUAACGCUAAAAUUAUUUUAGAUUUUUUAUUUUUUUUUUCUGUCAUUAGGUUGAAAACCGCUUUCCACAAACGUCAGCAUCGCAUGGAGGAAAAUGUUUCCUUAAUUACUUAUUUCAAAUUAAUUACUUCGGAAGUAAUUAAUUUUACUUUUAAGUAAAAUUUCCCAUCAUUACUGCAGAGAAAACAAUUAGCUGUAACAUUUUGUGUAUCAUUUGAUCAGGGAUGCAAAUAAAUGUGAAGAGAGUUGUAUCUUUAUCCAGGCUGUGCCAUAGACUUUACAUUUAUUUUUGGCUAAGUGUAAAAUCAAACCUUUAUAACCAGUGCAACCAGAAUAUAAAAUUUUGCCAGUUGCCAACUUCUUUUCAUGACUAGAAGUAGAUAUCGUUUGUCAAAAAUGAUUUUUUAAUUUUUUUUGUUGCAUUAAUUUUAAUGCCCUCUGAUAUCAGGUAUAUAUUCAACUGUAACUCUGUUUAUGGGAGGAGCCAAACACAUGUAAUAGAUUGUAAAAAUAAUUAGGUGUGAAAUUUCUCUUCUGUAUUUUUUUUUAAUGGUUUCAUUUAUGUGCAUCUUUUAACUGUAACUUCUACUUCUGUUUGAAAUAAAUGUAAAGUCGCCUUCAAGCUACAAGCAGUUUUGCGUCAGGUCCGCUAGGGGGCGCAGGUUAAACUUCAAAUUCCACCUUUUCCUUGGAUUCUCUCAAAGCCAGUCAUGCGAGAUCUACAACGAUGUGAUUUCUCUUUAUAUUUAUUUAUUGAUGAAACAAACCAAAUGAAAUGUCUUAUGAAAAGCAGGAGAGCAACAAUUACAAAUAUCAUCCAAAAAGAUG